AUGAGCGAUCCACCGCCAGCCACUGCCCCGCCGGCAGACCCCUCUGUCCAGUCCGAUCCAGUAGAGCUCUCGACCCCGUAUACGUUAUCGAGGGCGCUGAUUGCCCGUCGCAAGGAAUAUGUUCGGCCGCGCAGUGUCAGAAUCAAGAUUGGGACGUGGAAUGUGGCCGCAUGCCCAGGGACCGACAAGGACCUGGCCACCUGGUUCUUGGAUAACGAGGGCAUUGAUAAGGACCUGAACGUUCUCGAUCUAUCACAGGCUACCGCUGUUAGGGAAUCGCGUACCCAGAGAACCGAGGUUGGGCUGUAUGUGCUGGGUCUCCAGGAGGUGGUCGAUCUGAACAUGACCAAGGAGUACAUGGCUCGCGCAGUGUAUACCGACAAGUCUGCGACCAUCAAGUGGCAGUCGGCGAUAGAAGCGGCGUUGCCCAAGGGGUAUGAGCUUGUUGUCGCAGAGCAGAUGUUUGGUAUAUUGCUCCUCAUCUACGCCAGCUCUGAAAUCGCACCGACCGUCACCAAUGUAAGCACGAAGCAGGUUGGCACAGGAUUAGGGGGCUGGUUCACCAACAAGGGCGCAAUUUCCACCCGACUCGUUAUUGGGGAGACGACAAGCUUGGUGUUUUUGAAUAGUCAUCUCGCUAGUGGCGUGACGCCUGCUAAUUUGGAAAGACGGUGCGCAGAUGCUGCGCAGAUUGUUCAAAAGACCCAAUUCGACCCCAUCGUGACGUCUGGGGUCAAGGAAGACGUCGGUGAUGGCAUCGGUGAUGAAGACUUUGUGUUUUGGUUUGGGGAUCUCAACUACCGACUUGAUGGCUUACCAGGGGAUGAUAUCAGGAGGAUUCUAACCCUCCACGCUAGAGGAGAGUAUGCCCCGGCAGAUGAUAGGGAUGAUAUCUCGGCGCCGGAAGGGGAAGGCAUCAUCAUCAUCGGCGACUCAGACACUGAGGAUGAUGCGACUACGGUAGCUUCAUCACAACCAUCGAGGAAUCCUAGUUUCGAGAAUCCCAGUUUCGAGCCAUCUCCUACGCUUCCCGACCCUGAUGAUUUCGCAGAGGACCCAAGCCAGGAUCCCACCUCACUGCAGGCAACAUUGAACUCUCUCCUUCCGCAUGACCAGCUCGCAAAAACGAUUAGGAGUAAAAAAGCGUUCCACGACGGCUGGAGAGAGGGGCCAAUCUCGUUUCUCCCAACCUAUAAAUACGACUUGGGCACAGUAGGAUUAUUUGACACGAGCGAGAAACAGAGGGCCCCCAGUUGGUGUGACCGUGUGCUGUAUCGGACGCGCCGAGACAAAGCGGCAUACGAUAAGAAGGCAGCUGAGGAAAAGGAGGUCGAGAAAAAGGAUGCAGAGAUGAAGCUAAGGGGCAUUGAGGAUGAUGAAGACGUCCUUUUCACGUAUGACCCCGAUGCCGAUGGAGAAGACGUUCCCCCAGCAGAAGAUAUCGUUCCUGCAGACAAGCUGUCAACUACCGGAUAUGACGAAUAUGAUGAGUACGACGAGAAUGAGGACGGCGAGGGCGGCGAGCAUACUGACCCAAUUACUCUGGAGUUUUACACUUCACACCAGCGCAUCACAUCCUCGGAUCACAAACCAGUCAGCGCUAGCUUCUCCAUCCAGUAUGAUGCCGUAGUCCCUGAGCUCAAAGCUUUCAUUCAUUCCGAAGUAGCCAGAGAACUAGACCGCGCGGAGAACGAGGGGCGUCCGAGUAUUACGGUCGUGGCCGAAACCAAAGAUUCGGGUGAGAAUGUUGUCGACAUGGGUGACAUCCAGUAUCUCGAUAGCAAGACCCGCUAUAUGACCAUCGCCAAUACGGGAGGCGUGCCGGCAACUUUUUCUUUUGUUGACAACCCUCAUGGUGUUGAUGAGAACGCCGAAAGUACGCCAAAGCCUUCCUCAAAGUGGCUGACAACCGCCUUUGCGCGGUCAGACCACACCGGGCAUGCUGAUACUAGCGGUGAGCCUCUUGCCAAGUCUGUGACCCUGGAGCCUGGAGAGACCAUCUUCGCCCUCUUGACGGUUCAUGUGAAAUCCAACGGCGUCCUUCGCGAUUUGAAUAGCGGGAAAGCAACCAUCGAAGAGGUCCUUAUCAUGCGCGUUGAGGAUGGAAAAGAUCAUUUCAUCACCGUUCGAGGCGACUGGCUACCCUCGUGCUUCGGCAGGUCUGUCGAUGAACUCAUCCGCGUGCCAGACGGUGGAAUUCGGAGCUUUGUCACAGAGUGGCACAUAAAGGGCUCUAUUCCCAUGGACGCCGAGCAGAGGUUCUCAGCACCCAAAGAGCUUUUCAAUAUCAUCGCCGCUAUGGAAAGUCUCACUGAGCGAUGUAUUGCUGAUGCGGCGAUGCUUGAAGAUAUGAAGAUCCCGAAAGACCCUGGCUGGCCUUUGGAUCCACUCACCUGGACCGCUUCCAACGACGUCCUGGAACCUCUUCUGGCUGGUCUUGCCGAGGCACUUGACACAGACAAACCCCUUCUGCAAACAUUCCCCAUCGAGACUCCAUCGUCGCAUAAACUGGAGGCUCUCUCAUCGAUACUGGUCAGGUUUGUCUCCUCUCUCACAGAUGGGCUGGUCCCAAAAUUCCUCUGGAUCGGGCUGGCCCCCGUCCUUCCAGCAACUUUACCUCCUAGAAUCUCCGAUAUUAAGACCACGAUCCUCGACUGCCUCGCUGCCUCUCCAACACACAACAUCUCCUUCGUCUUCCUCACCACAGCCCUCGCUCGCAUCUCGGCCGAACUGAACCCUGUCAACAAAUCUCAACCACCAGCAAACACUCUGCAGCGCAGAUUCAGCUUACGCAGACAGCCCUCAACGGCUGUCGUCGCUAGCUUAGAAGCUCGCAGAAAGCGCCGCGCGACUGAGAAGCGAUUUGCUGAGAUACUUGCCCCCCGGGUCUGCAGAACCGGUAUGGACAGCUCGCAGAAGGAUAAAGUGACAAGAGAAAAGGAGAGGAUCAUGUUGGAGGCAUGUAUCCGCCCAGACGAAGAAUCGAGCUAG